UGGUGGUAACGCACCGUUUUCCAACCGCUAAUAAACCAUAGAAGAAGACGAAGCAGCAGCAACAGAAGAAGAAUGAGGUCCUCCUCAUAAAAUGUGUUAAAAAAAAAAAAAAAGUCUGAUCGCAGGAAGUAAAUGAAUCAUUGGAUUAAAAGGAAGCUGCUUUUUUAAAACAAUAUUUCCAAGACCCAGUAACAAAGACGGUUCAGGUGAAUUUAAGAAGAUGGUAUUGAAAGAGAUACCAACAGACAAUAUCACUCGCCCUUUGGGCCGGAACGAGGUCAUAGGUUUACUCUUUCGCCUCACAAUAUUUGGUGCAGUCACCUAUUUUACAAUAAAGUGGAUGGUGGAUGCUAUUGAUCCAACAAGAAAACAGAAAGUUGAGGCACAAAAACAGGCAGAGAAACUCAUGCGGCAGAUUGGAGUGCAGAAUGUGAAGCUUUCUGAAUAUGAGAUGAGCAUUGCAGCUCAUCUUGUGGAUCCAUUGACAAUGCAGAUUACAUGGCAUGACAUUGCAGGUCUGGAUGAAGUCAUAACUGAAUUGAAAGACACUGUUAUACUUCCGAUCCAGAAGAGACAUCUGUUUGAAGGAUCCAGACUUCUUCAGCCACCCAAAGGUGUGCUGCUGUAUGGGCCUCCAGGCUGUGGGAAAACUCUUAUAGCCAAAGCUACUGCCAAAGAGGCUGGAUUCCGCUUCAUUAACCUGCAGCCUUCGACUCUCACUGACAAAUGGUAUGGAGAAUCCCAGAAACUAGCUGCAGCUGUGUUUUCGCUGGCCAUCAAGUUACAACCUUCUAUUAUCUUCAUCGAUGAGAUUGAUUCCUUUUUGAGGAGUCGCUCAAGUUCAGAUCAUGAGGCCACCGCCAUGAUGAAGGCUCAGUUCAUGAGCUUAUGGGACGGUCUGGAUACUGACUACAACUGCCAGGUCAUAAUAAUGGGAGCCACCAAUCGGCCACAAGAUCUUGAUUCUGCUAUACUCCGAAGGAUGCCCACAAGAUUCCACAUCAAUCAGCCCAAUAUCAAGCAGAGGAAAGACAUAUUAAAACUGAUCCUGGAGAAUGAGAAUGUGGAGUCUGCGGUGGACUUUGCUGAAAUUGCAAAACAGACUGAUGGGUUCUCAGGAAGUGACCUCAGAGAGAUGUGCCGAGAUGCUGCUCUGCUUUGUGUGCGUGAAUUUGUGCACCAAGAAAGUCCUGAUGAAGACUUCAUCCGCGCAAUGAGGCAGGAAGACAUGCAGAGGGCAAUCGAGAAGAUGAGGAAGUCCAAAUCUGCAGGAGUGCAUGAGGCAUUUAUGCAUGUACCACUGGACUGAAUGUGAUGCUGCUGUUUUAAAAAGAAGCUAGAUUUGAUGUUUUUUCUUAUUUGUGGCAUAUCGUCAUGUUUUGCAAAAGGGGGAAUUCAGGAUUUAUAAAUGGUAGAAUGGAGGUGUUUCUCUCUAAUGAUCUUUUUUUGCACUGUAAUUUCCUUAAUGUUUUUGCCAUUCAAUCAAUGAGCCUUAUUUUUAAAAAAAAGAAUGAAUUUGAGUUAAUCGUGUAAAACCAUUCUUAAGUAAACUGUCGCUUCAGUGGGGCAGUUUAUAAAAGGAUGAACGAUUCACAUUAAAAUUUGUUCUGCUUGUGUUUCAAGAAAAAGGCCCAUUGUGUUUGUCUUCAUAGGUUUGGUUUGGUUUGGUUUGUGUGGUUUUGUUUGUUCUUUAAAAUCCUGUGAGAGAGGUUUGUGUAGAUGGGCAACAGUGUAGUUACUAUUUCCAGUUAUGUACAAGGCACUUGAUUAUUUUUUACAUCAACAAUAUGUAACAUUUCUGCUGAUUUGUGAGCACAAAAAACAAAGUGUGUUCAUUAAUAGAAUUAUUACUUGGAUCAACUUCACCUGUUUGUUUUCCCCCAGCGAGUGAAUGAUUUUAUUGAGAUGCAUUUACAGAUUUAUAAGCCAUUUAUAUUGAAUAAGAUGUUUAAGCGUUGAAUUUAGCCCAGAGUAGAGGUUAUUUAAUGGCAUGUUGUAUAGAUAUUUAUUUGCGAAACCUUAAAUAUGCUUGCACAGAAUAUUUGGGGCCAGUGCCAAGCUGCUGCUGUUAGAUUUGUGCUUGUCCGUCAGGUGUUAUUUUUGUGGUUUGAGUGGGUGAAGGAGACUUGAAAGUGGAAAGAAAAAGUAUUCUUCUGGAGAAACCAGUCUAUGGAUUAAACAACCAUUUUAGAUUGCCAGCAAUACAAUUGUACAGUUGUAUACAAGUAUUUUUCAGUUAUUAGGUUUCCUAAUUCGCAAUAGUCCACUGCUCCUUUCAGUCUAAAUGUGUUUAGAAGUCUGAAUAUGUUUGAAAUGUUUUGUUUACACUGUAGAAAAACUGGAUGACAAUGGUUGUGUCUUAAUGACGUUUAUUGGAUUGACUGCCCGAUGCACAUUACAUCAAAUAUUGUAAGAAACAACAAAGUGUAAAUCUCACAAGUUUGUACAAAAAGUAGAAGUAGUAAAUACAUUUCCUGUAAGAUAAUAAAUAUGUUUAGGUUGGUCCGUUAAGAAAAUGGCAAGACAAUAAAUAUGCUCUUGUUCCUUCA